AUGCUCAAGCCUUCCGAUUUGGAACUUGCUGAUGUUUAUGGAAAUACAUUACUAUAUUAUGCAUGUUUGUGUGGACAUUUGCAAUUGGUACAUUUCUUAUCGGAGAAAGGAGCACGUGAUGAUAAGUUUCAUCGAUGCUACAUGAAUGCCUUAUCUCUCAAUAUCCGCAAACUAUUGAAAAUUUAUAAUAAUUAUUCCAAUUUUAGUAAUAAUCUCAUCAUGAAGAAAAAAGAAGACUUGCUUGAUGAGGAAGAUCAUUUAUUACAGAUGGAAUCUUUAUCACUUCAAUCGUUCAUGGUUAAAAAAACAAAAAGAAUUCUUUUGGAAAGUGAAAGAAAUAUGGAGAGUGAUAUUACUCUAACAAUUCGAUUUUCAGAUCAACCACAAGAAACGAAUUAUUAUUGCCAUUUAUGGAUUCUUUUGGCAAGAUGGCCAUUACUCUUGUACUUUGCACUUGUUCAAGAGAGUCGACCAAUUCCAUGGACGGUUGCUAACAGUUUAAGCUAUCACGAACAAACAUUGAUCACUUUAAAAAUCCAAUAA